GGAGUGGCCAGUUGUUCUUUCAUAACCAGACUCGGAAUAAAUAGUUGCUUCCGACCAGACUGCAAAGAUAUCCUUUUCAAAAACACAGCAUCCAGCUCUCAGCACACAAUGAUUUACAUUUCAGGACUUGUUGGCUUCCUCUUAGUCUUAACAGCUGAGGCAAGAGUUGGGAAAUCCUCUGAGUUGGACUUCUGUUCUGAGACAGAUGAGUGCUGCCUGUUUGAUCUGAUUUGUCGCACUGACGAUUACGAAGUCCGUCGCUAUGACUCUGUCAAUUGGGUUUCAACUAGCGAAACAUCCAUGAUGAUGGAAGUUGCAAAUGUGAGAUCAUUCAGACGACUUUUUGCCUACAUUAAAGAAAAUAAUGUGGAAAUGACAACUCCCGUUCUCGUCAAACUCUCGAAGAAAACGUCCAUCUGGCAAAGUAUUACCUACACAAUGAGUUUCUUGCUGCCCUCUAAACAUCAAAUGAAUCCCCCCAAACCUACUGAUGAUAAGGUCUACAUCGAGAAGAUUCCAGACAUGAAAGUGUAUGUGCGGAGCUACGGAGGAUGGAUGAUGAGCUGGAGUGAGGCAAAGGAAGCCGGCACUCUGAGCUCUGCCCUCGAUUCAGUGGGUGCACAGUACUCAAAAACCUUCCACUAUGCUGUUGGAUAUAACAGUCCAAUGACGAUGUUCAACAGGCACAAUGAGGUGUGGUACGUCGUUGAGGAUGAGCCGGUCUGUGUCAGCAGUAUCAGCAGUGAGGAAAUGGGUUAAAAAAUGAUCUUGAGCCCUGUACAAUGGCUGCUUACAGUAAACAUGGUAUAUGAAGACAUGUUGUAACUGUCAUAGAUAACAAGUAAGAACACAGGUUCAAAUUCAGUUCAUUCAGUUCUUUUGAAGAUGGUUAUAUACUCCCGUGUUGUUGUUGUUGUUGUUGUUAUUGUUUGUGGUUCUAUUCAAUAAAACUCCUCCAUUGCA